CGUCAUUCGUCAAUUUAUAUAUUAUUAGCUACAGCCUACAACAGAAUUUUUUAAAUAUUUUAAAGCACCGCAGUGUUAGUUGUAAUUUGCUUUAUUUUUGUACAUAUACGACUGUGAUAAGAGCAGACGGCACUAUGGUCAAUUUUAGGGUGUUUGCGAGAGCCAUGUCCACGGUUGCUAAGAACUUUGAGGCCAACGGUGUGGUGCCUGACGUCAUCCCGAAGGCGCCAAAUGCUUUGGUUACUGUUAAGUAUCAGAGUGGUGUGGAGGUGAAAGAAGGCAACGAGCUGACGCCAAGACAGGUGAAGGAUGUGCCAAGUGUCAGCUAUGAUGCCAGCCCUGAUAGCUUCUACACCUUGGCUAUGACCGACCCAGAUGCACCUUCCCGCAAAGAGCCAAAAUUCCGUGAAUGGCAUCACUGGUUGGUUGGAAACAUUCCCGGGCAAAACAUCGCCUCGGGUGAGACAUUGUCCGCCUACGUCGGGUCUGGGCCUCCAGAGGGCACUGGUCUCCACCGAUACGUGUUUUUGGUGUACAAGCAACCAUCUAAGUUGACAUUUGAUGAGCCAAGACUACCUAACACAUCCAGUGACAAACGUGGAAUGUUCUCUAUCGCCAAGUUUGCGGAGAAAUACAAAUUGGGUGAUCCCAUUGCGGGUAACUUCUACGAAGCCCAAUACGACGAUUACGUUCCUGAGCUCUACAAGCAGCUCGGUGCCUAAAUAUUUAAAACCCGGUGUUAAAUAAUCAACACAUUUUACGACAUUUUUUUUAAGUACGAAAACAAUAAAAUUUACUGAAAAUUAUUGCUAUUCAUAUGUAAUGCGUGAAUCGGAAUAUAUUUUCUAUAUUAUUUGCUGAACUUGUACUUUUAAUGUCGUGAAACCGGGUUAUAAGUGCAUUUGUGUCUAAAAGCCUUGUAUCCGCUGAUAAAAUUGGCGGUUAGAUUUAAGAAAUCCAUUAAAGAUGUAUUAAGCUA